AUGGUACGCUUCAGUAACAACUUAGUAGGCUUUCUCAACAUCAUCACGCUUCUUUUAUCAAUACCAAUAAUCGGUGCAGGCAUAUGGCUCUCAAAACAAGCCAGCACAGAGUGUGAAAGGUUUCUUGAUAAGCCGGUUAUAAUUUUAGGAGUCUUUAUUCUAGUUGUCUCUUUAGCUGGUAUAGUGGGUUCUUGCUGCAGAGUAUCAUGGCUUUUAUGGGUCUAUCUUUUGGUCAUGUUCUUGCUGAUUCUCUUGUUAUUAUCCUUCACAAUAUUUGCCUUUGUGGUUACAAAUAAAGGGGCUGGUGAAGCCUUGUCUGGUAGAGGGUAUAAAGAGUACAGGCUUGGGGAUUAUUCAAAUUGGCUGCAGAAAAGGGUUAGAAGUGAUAAGAAUUGGAAUAAGAUUAGGAGUUGUUUGCAGGAUAGUAAGAUCUGCCAGAGGUUGCUUGAUAAUGGGUCAUCCACUGAAGUUCAAGACUUUUACAGAGAACGCCUCUCUGCCCUUCAGUCUGGCUGCUGUAAGCCAUCAAAUGACUGCAACUUCCAGUAUAUUAGCCCGACCAACUGGACUAGGACACCAACCUCAUCCUCAACAAAUCCCGACUGCAGUGCCUGGAGCAAUGAUCCAGAUACGUUGUGUUACAACUGCAACUCCUGCAAGGCCGGGCUACUUGAUAACAUCAGGAGUGACUGGAAAAAGGUGGCUGUCAUCAAUAUCAUUUUCCUCGUCUUCCUUGUCAUCGUGUACUCUGUUGGAUGUUGCGCAUUCAGAAACAACAGAGAUGGAUGGAAGUGA